CCUGCCUCCUCCUCCUCCAACCAUCUCAACAACUUGGCGCCUAAAAGUAAAACCAAGAAGAAACACUUUGUUCAGCAGAAAGUGAAGGUGUUCAGAGCUGGUGACCCCGUGGUGAGCGUCCUGAUGUGGGGGGUCAACCACACGAUCACUGAGCUGAUCCAGGUUCCUGUUCCUGUCAUGCUGCUUCCAGACAAUUUCAAAGCCUGUGCCAAGAUAAAAGUCUGCAACCACCUCUUCAACAAAGAGAAUCUUCCUGGUCAGUUCAAGUUCAAAGAGUACUGCCCUCAAGUGUUCAGAAACCUGCGAGAACAUUUUGGCAUCGACGACCAGGAUUUUCGGGUGUCUCUGACCCGCAGUCCUCCAGUCAGAGAGGAAGGACAUCUGCUGACAUCACACGACCACACGCUGGUGGUGAAGGAAGUGUCCAGUGAGGAGGUGGAGGAAAUGCACAGCAUUCUGUCAGAGUAUCACCAGCACAUCGUCACCUGCUACGGCAGUACUCUACUGCCUCAGUUCCUGGCCAUGUACAGAGUGACGGUGGAGAGUGAGGACACCUACCUGUUGGUCAUGAGGAACGUGUUCAGCCAUAGACUGCAUGUCCACAAGAAGUACGACCUUAAGGGCUCCCUGGUGUCUCGAGAGGCAAGUUUCAAAGAGAAGGAUAAAGAGCUGCCCACGUACAAGGACAUGGACUUCAGGAACAAGAUGCAAAAGGUUUAUGUGGGUGAAGAGGAGAAGGAAAAGAUUUUGGACAAACUGAACAGAGACACUGAGUUUCUCGCCCGUAUGAAGCUGAUGGACUACAGCCUGCUGCUGGGCAUCCAUGAUGUUGAACAGGCUGAGCAGGAGGAGGAGGAAGAUGAGGAGGAUGAAGAGGAGGAGUUGUAUCACGAAGACGAAGAUGAUGAUGAUGAAAACGGGCUGCCCCCUGCUCCGGGCUCCACGUCGCCCCAGGGCAUCGCCGGCUACAUGAACUCCUUCAAACCCAUGGGUCCUGGGGAGUUUGACCCGUACGUGGACGUGUACGCUGUUCAGAGCUCUGUAGGUGCGCCCCGGAGAGAGGUGUAUUUCAUGGGUCUGAUUGACGUGCUGACACAGUACGAUACCAAGAAGAAAGCGGCUCACGCUGCCAAGGCUGUCAAACACGGGGCGGGAGCAGAAAUCUCCACCGUUCACCCCGAGCAGUACGCCAAACGUUUCAGAGAGUUCACCGCCAAGAUCUUUGCCUAGCUUAAAGACUUAGACCAACGUCUGCGUGGGACUGUGGCUUGGAUUACACAGCACAGAUUAUGAAGCACAACAUUUGCUGUGGAAGGAUUAGAACGUAGGAGGGUCGUGAAUACGAAACCUCAGAAUCCCACAAAACGGGUUUGUUUUCAUUUGUAACUAAUAUAUAAAACCAAGAUUUAUCACUGACGAUCCAUCGGAUUAAAACGUUAAUCGUCAGAAUGAAACUGACGCCAUAUGUUAAAUAAAUCCAUGGUAUAUUCACUCAUUGUUGCUCUAAUACACAGUG